CCGUUUCUGAGCUGUUGCAAGUUUGCAACCCAAACCAGGGUUUUCUCCAUCUGCUGAUAUUAUAUUCUUCUCCUUUAUACAAACCCCGCAAGUCUCUGACUCUCUUUCUACGCAUUCUUGAUUCUUGAAUGGUGGAAACAUCUCUUUCUUUCAUGCACGUUCUCCUUCCUGUCUCUCCGAGGGCAACUGCGCGUACGCCACACGCGUUGCCCUCCACUUACUCCUCCUCCUCCUUUGGUUCCUGCAAACAAGCCUGGUAUUAUCGCUGCCUUGGCCUGGACCCCUAAACACCACCCCCCCGGCACCUCCGACACUCCCUCUCCCUCUCCCUCUAGGAAAAAUCAACGUAUGUAGUUUAGUUCCAUAAUCCAUUUGUGUCUUUGAAACCAAGGAAAUUUAGAAUCCAAACAGAGAAGAAAAAGAGAGACGAAUAAAAAAAACAGAAAAGAGAUGAAGAAGAACGUCAUCUCGGAGAAGACGGUGUCGCAGAAGCCCAGGAAGAUUAACAAUGAUAUUCAACGCGUGAAGGUUCAGAAGAAUAACAGAUUCUUGAUCACAGUCAAUGUUCUUGGGAGCGCAGGACCAUUGAGGUUUGUGGUGUAUGAGAAUGAUCUUGUCGCUGGCGUCAUUGACACUGCUCUCAAGACCUAUGCCCGUGAAGGCCGGCUUCCGGUUCUUGGUUCCGAUGUCAAUGAUUUCAUUCUGUAUUGCUCCGAUGCGGGAUUCGAUGCUUUAAAUCCGUGGGAAUCGAUAGGAUCCCGAGGGGGGAGGAACUUUGUGCUGUGCAAGAAGCAGAGGCAGCCACAGAUGACAGAAGGGAGGUCGGAGAUGAUAGCUAAAAAGCGAAGUAGCAGCUGGAAAGCAUGGCUUAACAAGCCCUUUGGCAAGAACAUAUUGUCUCAUUAAGCCUGUACGACGUUUUGUCAUAAUCGGAGGAUCUACUCUCUUAAGAGGAUGAAGUACGCUAGAUCAUGAUCAACCUUCGUCACAAUCUUG